UGCCAACGCGAAAUUUGAGCUGGCGAGCCGGAUCGAAAGGCAAACACAUUUUCACCAUGUUAUCGGUUUUUUUGCUUUGUUGAUUCUCUGGCUAAUUCUUUUUCUUCUGCUCCCUUUUAUCACCAGUAAUAAUUCCUGUCGAAUCUCUUGAAUGCACGCGGAACUCGGGACGGCACGUACUGACGUCUCAUGGAUGCGAAACCGCAGUGUUAUCGUUUGUAAUUCUCGUUGAACAGCAGUGAAGAUCGUCUCAGUCAGAAUCUGUCAGUUUCCACAAGUUUCGUUGGUGUUUCGCGCUCCGCAGUCCGUAUUCCCUUAUCAGUAUUUUCGACUGCAAACAUGGCAAAAAUCACGGAGGUGGAAGAGAGCAGUCCGGAGGAAUCGCACACCAAGCCGGCCAGCAGUGAAGUGGCCAAGAAGACGAAACGGCCGCUGAUCGCCGGGAAAGUGGGUUUUUUGGCGCUCUUCCCGAUACUGGUGCUGGCGUUAGCGUGGAUUGUCGGAUUCUGCUCACGUCUGUUUGCGGUGGUGCGGUUUGAAGCCAUUAUCCAUGAGUUUGACCCGUGGUUCAAUUAUCGCGCCACGCACUACAUGGUGAAGAACGGGUUUUAUAAUUUUCUAAACUGGUUCGAUGAGCGUGCCUGGUAUCCGCUGGGACGCAUCGUUGGAGGCACGGUGUAUCCCGGUUUGAUGAUAACAUCCGGCGCCAUUCAUUACGCGCUGAGUCUGUUGAACAUUCCCGUCCAUAUUCGUGAUAUUUGUGUCUUUCUGGCACCCAUAUUCAGUGGCCUGACAGCCAUUGCUACAUUUUUAUUGACCCGGGAGUUAUGGAGCACGGGAGCGGGACUGUUUGCUGCCUGCUUUAUCGCCAUUGUGCCUGGAUACAUUUCCCGAUCAGUGGCCGGUUCUUAUGAUAAUGAAGGCAUCGCCAUUUUUGCUCUUAUAUUUGUUUAUUAUUUAUGGGUCAAGAGUGUCUCCACGGGAUCCGUCUACUGGUCGGCCCUGAGCGCCCUGGCCUAUUUCUACAUGGUAUCCGCCUGGGGUGGCUACGUGUUCAUCAUCAACCUCAUCCCGCUGCACGUCUUUGUCCUGCUGCUGAUGGGCCGCUUCACCAGCCGCAUCUACGUGGCCUACUCCACCUUCUUCAUCCUGGGCCUGAUCCUGUCCAUGCAGAUCCCCUUUGUCGGCUUCCAGCCCAUCCGCACCAGCGAGCAUAUGGCCGCCGCGGGCGUUUUUGCCCUGCUGCAGGCCUACGCCUUCCUGAAGUACAUCCAGCGUUUCCAGAAGCACAUUAAUCUGUGGCUGCUGGCGGGCGGCGCGGCCGGGGCGGUGUUCGCGGUGGUGGUGGGCCUCACGGCGCUGGGAUAUAUUGCUCCGUGGAGCGGGCGGUUCUACAGUCUGUGGGAUACCGGGUAUGCCAAGAUCCACAUCCCCAUUAUUGCGUCGGUUAGCGAGCAUCAACCGACCACUUGGACAUCCUUCUUCUUCGAUCUACAUGUGCUGGUGUGUUUGUAUCCGGUGGGAGCCUACUACUGCAUCAAGAACAUCAACGAUGUUAGGGUGUUCAUUGUGCUGUACGCCGCCACGGCGUCCUACUUUGCCGGUGUGAUGAUUCGGUUGAUGCUGACGCUGACGCCGGUCGUGUGUAUCCUGGCUGGAAUUGCGCUGUCGCAGGUCAUGGACAGUUACUUGAUGGGAAUUGACGGCUCAGCCGGGGCAUCCACCACCGACACGACCGUGUCGGAAGCCAGCUCAUCGAAGAAAUCCAAGGACCGGACCAAGAGUAUGUUCGAUGAGGCCGGCAAGGCGCAGAAGACGCCGGCUGCUGCUCAACUGGGCGAGAAUGAUCCCACCGGGAUUGGUAUCAGUGUUCGAAACAUUGUCACGGGGAUCAUCUGCAUCCUGCUUGUGCUGUUCGCGGUCCAUUGCACCUGGGUGACAUCCAACGCCUACAGUUCACCCAGUAUCGUGCUGGCCACGUACGGACAUGAUGGAAGUCGGAAUAUUCUGGAUGAUUUCCGGGAAGCUUAUUAUUGGUUGUGGCAGAAUACGGAAGAGAAGGCGACUGUUAUGAGCUGGUGGGAUUAUGGCUAUCAGAUAGCGGGAAUGGGCAAUAGGACGACAAUAGUUGAUAACAACACGUGGAACAACAGUCACAUUGCUCUCGUUGGAAAAGCUAUGUCCUCCAACGAAACCGCCGCGUACAAGAUCAUGCGCGAACUGGACGUGGACUACGUGCUGGUGAUCUUCGGUGGCAUCAUCGGCUAUUCCGGCGACGACAUCAACAAAUUCCUGUGGAUGGUGCGCAUCGCCGAGGGCGAACAUCCGGCCGAGAUCCGCGAGACGGACUACUUCUCGCCCGACGGGCAUUUCCGCGUGGACAGCGGUGGAUCGAAGACGCUGCUGAAUUGUCUGAUGUACAAACUGUCGUAUUAUCGUUUUGGGGAAAUUCAGCUAGGACACCGACAGCCAUUCGGAUAUGAUCGGGCGCGCGGCGUGGAAAUCGGCAAUAAAGAUAUUAAAUUGGAGCAUCUGGAAGAAGCGUUCACUAGUGAGCACUGGUUGGUGAGAAUUUACAAAGUGAAGAAGGAGAAGAAUCACCAGGCUGUGGGGAAGCGAGUGGCGAAGGUGCGAAGGGUUAUUACGCAGAAGAGCGCCAGGAGACAAGAGGGCGUGCUGAAGAAGGCCAAGGAGUGAGAUUUAUGUUGUUCGGCUUUUUGUUAUUUAUCUCGUUUUUCUGUCAUUGGUUUUUAUUCCACUUUGGACUGAAGUUUUCGUUGGUUUUUCAUAAUACGGUAAUUAAAUUAGAGUUCAAAGAAUUUUUAUUUUGACGUCUUGAUUGUAAUCGCAUGACUGUACUGUUAUUAAAUUUAUGGAGGAAUGUUUUCUAUAAUCAUGUUGAAAUUGUGAUGGGCUGAUAAGGUUUUAGCUUCGCUGAUGAAUAAUUCAGCGUAAGAAAGCAGUCGAAACAAUCGG